AUGCAGGCACCAGUUGUAUACUUGAAUACCUCUACCCAGAGGCAAACUGGAAGACAAGCUCAAGUGGCCAACAUCACUGCAGCAAAAGCGGUUGCCGAUAUCAUCAGAACGUGUUUGGGUCCUAAAGCCAUGUUGAAAAUGUUGUUGGACCCCAUGGGUGGUAUAGUGUUGACCAAUGACGGUCAUGCUAUUCUUAGAGAAAUUGAUGUAUCUCAUCCUGCUGCCAAAUCGAUGAUUGAACUUUCAAGAACUCAAGACGAAGAGGUUGGAGAUGGUACCACGACAGUCAUUAUUUUAGCUGGUGAAAUAUUGGCACAAACUUUCCCCUACAUUGAAAAGAAUAUACACCCCGUCAUCAUCAUCCAAGCAUUGAAGCAAGCUUUGAAAGAUGCAUUAGAGGUUAUUCACGAGGUCUCUAAAGAAGUGGAUAUAAAUAACGACAAGGCAAUGAUCCUGUUAAUCAAAGCCUCCAUUGGUACCAAAUAUAUCAACAAGUGGGCUGAAAAGAUGUGUGAAUUGAGCUUGCAAGCCGUCAGAACGGUCAUGGUUCAAAAGGGAGAAUACAAGGAGAUUGACGUGAAGAGGUAUGUCAGAAUCGAAAAAAUACCUGGAGGAGAAGUGGCCGACUCAGAGGUACUUGAUGGUAUUUUGUUGAACAAGGAUGUGGUUCAUCCAAAAAUGAAAAGACAUAUUGACAACCCAAGGGUCAUUUUGUUGGACUGUCCGUUGGAGUAUAAAAAGGGUGAAUCACAAACAAAUAUUGAAAUUACCAAAGAGGAUGAUUGGAACAGGAUCUUGCAAAUUGAGGAAGAACAAGUUAAAUUGAUGUGUGAACAAUUGUUAGAAUUCAAGCCCGACUUGGUCAUUACCGAAAAGGGUGUCAGCGAUUUGGCUCAGCACUAUCUUUUGAAAGGUGGUGUUUCUGCGUUGAGAAGGGUCAAAAAAUCUGAUAAUAACCGAAUCGCCAGAGCAACUGGUGCGACCAUUGUAAACAGGGUUGAGGAUUUAAAAGAAUCUGAUGUUGGAACCAAAUGUGGAGAGUUCAAGGUUGAAUUAAUUGGCGAUGAGUAUUUUGCUUUCCUUGACAAAUGUAAGAAGCCGCAAGCUUGUACUGUUAUAUUGAGAGGGGCCUCAAAGGAUAUUUUGAAUGAAAUAGAAAGGAAUCUACAUGAUGCCAUGGCAGUGACAAGAAACGUCAUGUUUGAACCAUCUUUAAGUCCUGGUGGUGGUGCUACUGAAAUGGCUUGUAGUGUGAAGUUGUCAGAAAAGGCCAAAACUAUUGAAGGGGUUGAGCAAUACCCUUAUCAGGCAGUAGCUGAUGCAUUUGAAGUCAUACCUAGGACAUUGAUUCAAAAUUGUGGUGGCAAUCCAAUCAAAGUCUUAUCGCAGUUGAGAGCCAAGCAAGCACUGGGAAACUACACAUAUGGGAUAGACGGCGAAAAUGGUAAAGUGGUGGAUAUGACAGAUUACGGCAUAUGGGAACCAGAAGUUAUCAAGCAACAGUCGAUCAAGACUGCAAUCGAGAGUGCCUGCUUACUUUUGAGAGUUGAUGAUAUUGUUAGUGGGGUACGUCAAACACAAGGUUAG